UCGACACAAGCCUGGAAGCCUCCGCACAUUUCCUCCCAUCACUAAUUGAAAGGUUGAUAGCGCGACCUCCUGUUCUGUAGAAUGUAGUAUGGACCAUAGGACAGGACGAAGACCUCCUGUACUGUAGAAUGUAGUAUGGACCAUAGGACAGGACGUUAAGAAGCUGUGGAGGCCUAAGAUGCUCUACUAGUCUGCUGGAAAUCCAAAGAAGACGAAGGAGUCAAAAGCAAAAUGGCGUUUGACAGAGAAGGCCUAAACGUGGCCACUGGCCAUUAUUGUUUCUCUAUUUGUAUUUAGUGCAUACAUGUACGCAUAUAUGUCGUGUAGUAGAUGAAACAUUGUUAGUCAUUGUUUGUAUCCGGAUACAUUAGUCUGAGCGCACUUUAUCAAGUCUUCUGCUAGUUAGCUUAGCUUGCUAGUUAGCUUAGCUUGUUAGCUGCUAACAAAGAGACGCGGACGUUAUCAACACAUCGCUAAGUAGAGAUCAAAUGUGAGUGUAAAGUGUUGUGAUUGUGUGAAAAUGUGCGAAAGAACGAUAGCAAAGUAUGAGGAGGAACUUUGUCCAACAAAAGAGGAGAAGGAGCGACAACAUCAACUACUGGACGCUGUUUUCAAGAAACAUCAAGUUGUGUUACACAGAACAGAGGUCCAUCAGCCCCCUCACAUUAAAGAGGAAGAGGAGGAUCCACAUCAACCAAACAUUAAAGAGGAAGAGGAGGAAGUGUGGAUCACUCAGGAGGGAGAGUGUCUUCUAGGGCAGGAGGAGGAUGAUGUCAGCAAGUUUCCACUGACUGUUGUCUCUGUGAAGACUGAAGAGCAUGAAGACAAACCACCUGAGUCCUCACAGCUUCAUCACAGUCCAAACGUCCAGCGGGUGUCAGCGGGGAGUCAUGAAGAGGAGUGGCACACCAGUGUGGGACAGAAGGAGCUACAGGCCCCCUCCCACAUUAAAGAGGAGCAGCUUCAUGAUGAAGAUGAAGCUCAGUCCUUACAGCUUCAUCACAGUCAAAGUGAGGAGAACAGAGGGGCGGAGCUUGUAAGUCAACACAUCACAGAAGCUGAUGGAGAGCAUUGUGAAGAUAUAAAGUCAGAACCAGACAGCAUCUUUGCUCCACUGUCAGACAUGGACCACAUGAUGUCAGACUCUUCUGAUCACAGUGACCACAUCCAAAAACCUUUGGAGAGUAAAAAAGACUCUAAAGGUGAUACGAGACAUCACACUAACAACAAACACUUUGACUGCUCUGAAUGUGGGAAAUCAUUUAGACUGAAGAGUAAUUUUACAAGACACAUGACAACACAUAAUGGGGAGAAACCUUUUACUUGCUCUGUUUGUAAGAAGAGUUUCUCCACAAAGCAAAGCGUGACCAGACACAUGAGAACACACACUGGAGAGAAACCUUUUGCUUGCUCAGCUUGUGCUAAAAGAUUCAACACUAAGAAGGAAAUGAUAUUACACGUGAGAACACACACAGGUGAGAAACCUUUUACAUGCUCAGUUUGUAAGAAGAGUUUCGCCAGAAAGGAACGCAUGACCAUACACAUGAGAACACACACCGGAGAGAAACCUUUUGCUUGCUCAACUUGCACUAAAAGAUUCAACACUAAGAAUGACAUGAUAAUACACAUGAGAACACACACAGGUGAGAAACCUUUUACUUGCUCUGUUUGUAAGAAUAGUUUCUCCAGAAAGGAACACAUGACCAUACACAUGAGAACACACACUGGAGAGAAACCUUUUGCUUGCUCAGCUUGUGCUAAAAGAUUCAACACUAAGAAGGAAUUUAUAUUGCACAUGAGAACACACACAGGUGAGAAACCUUUUAUUUGCUCUGUUUGUAAGAAGAGUUUCUCCAGAAAGCAAAUCAUGACCAGACACAUGAGAACACACACUGGAGAGAAACCUUUUGCUUGCUCAGUUUUUGAAUAAAUAUGUAUAA